AACAACACGCGUAAAGCUUCUCCAAUGUUGUCAUUUUGAGAUUGCAGCGCGGUUGUAGACUAUUGUUGAUGUCAAAGACGCAUGUAGAACAAAGUAUCGCUGUCUUUUCAUUAUUUUAUUGGUCGUAUUAGAGACGGAUUUACAGAAUCUCUGGAAUCAUGAGUAAAGUGCAAGGUGGGAUGAAAUGCGUGAAAUAUCUUCUUUUUGUUUUCAACUUCAUAUUCUGGCUGUGUGGCUCGUUGGUGUUGGCAGUGGGGUUAUGGCUGAUGUUUGACCCAAAGACAGACCAGCUCCUGAAUGAAGAGGGAGCCCCCGAGACCUUCUUCAUAGCCGUGUACAUCCUGAUUGGUGCAGGCGGGGUCAUGAUGCUGGUGGGAUUCUUUGGUUGCUGUGGAGCUGUGAAGGAGUCACAGUGUCUCCUUGCGUCGUUCUUUGCCUGCCUUCUUGUAAUCUUUGGUGCAGAGGUUUCUGCAGGUGUGUUUGGAUUCAUGAGCAAAGACAAGAUCAUCGAAGACGUUCAACAAUUCUAUAGUGAAUCUAUUUCAGAGAAUUCUGAAAAUUCCAACGGCACUACUGUAGUUGAAAUGUACCACAAUGUUCUGAAUUGCUGUGGUGUCUCCAUGCCUUCGCCUUUGUGUCCUGAUGCUGAUGAAGACACAAAGGACUGUCUGAAUGCAAUAAUGGUCUUUUUCAAUGAAAAGCUCUACAUUAUCGGAUAUGUGGGGAUUGGUGUAGCAGGAGUAAUGGUCAUUGGUAUGAUCUUCAGUAUGGUCCUCUGCUGUGCAAUUCGGAACAACAGGGAGGUGAUAUAGACAGGCCUCGUAUCUCUACCCCUCCCACCCUGCAGCCCCACCAGCCCUUUUGUAAUCGCCAUGCCUGAAUGAGGAGGCGACAUCACAUCUGGGCUGGAUGACAAGGGGAGCCUUUUUUAAAUAUUUUUUUUUAAACACAAACCAUACAAGUCCAUGGGGUCAAUUUGGUGGUGUGGGUGUGAUAUCACACCCGAAAUAUCACCAGGAUUUCCCCAUCCCCUAGACAGUGGCCAGCACUGUGUGGAGCCAAUGGGACCAGGCCAUCUCUCUUUCCUCUGGCAUCUCUGUUAACUAAAUAUCUGGUCCCUCUGCGCUUCUCUCCAAGCGCAACAUGGCUCAGGAUUUGGCAGUACACAGACAUUCUCCAUUUUUCCCCUCUAACAGCGCUAGCAUUCCAUGUACGUGUAACGUCUUCCUUUUUUUUGACGAAAGAAAUGUGAUUGGCGGAGGAGCAUUGCUGUAAAUACAAACUCCCUUUUUUUGAGUGUGCUUUUAAAAAACGCAUUGAUCCAAUGUCUUUGGUAACCUCAGCUUAAAAGGGCAAUCAGCAGUUGAAACAAAGUGUGUUACCAACCCGUUUUGGUAAAAAGCUGAGGGAUGGGGCUGUAACCACUCUCAAAUGAAUAGAGAGCUAUGGAUUGCAAGGACUAACCAUUCAUGAUAUAAAAAUUUGUUUUAACCAUGUCUUGAGGCCAUAUGUUUGUUUACAUUUACAAACAUUGGAGUAAAACAAGCAUUUAUGGGGGUUCUGGCUGGGUACAAGAGUUGAACUAAACCCAUGAGGCGUUAAUACGGCAUAUUCUUCAAGUAUCAAUGCGUACAUAUUAACUUAAGUCCAAGAAUGGAUGUAGGAAAUGCAGGUUUCCCAUUUUAAGGGUUAAUUGCGUGUACAGGGUUACUGUAGUCACCCAUCAUCUGCUUGUUAAAGUUGUCGGUCAGUAACAACUCCAGUCUUGGGAGUUUUCCAUAACUGUUGUUGGGACUUGCAGCAUACAUUUCGCAUCUUUGUACAGACAAGCCCAAGCGACCGGUCCUCACACAACUGCAUAUUUCACUUGAACAACCUGUAUGGUUUUUGCCCUCCAUUAGCAAAGUGGUGCUCUGCUAAGAAGUAUCCCCUGCAUUUUUAUGAGCUGGGAGUGUGGGCCUACAAUCCAAAAAGAGCCUGUUUCAACUUGACUAGCAUUCUGAAAUAACAAUUGUCAGUGUUCUGGGUCGGGGAAGCAGCUACAUUUUAUGAAGUACUGUCAUUCUGUAAAUGUCUAACCUUCUGAAGUCUAGAUGAUACAUGUAUUUAGCAUUGUGCCGAGUGAUCUCUAUUAGAGCAUGCAAUGUGUGAACUGUUACAGUGAGUUAGUGUACAUUGUGUGUGAAUUCUUGUGGAUGUUAAGAUUGUGUGCGCACACCGGCUGUGUUGUAGAAUCCAGUUUAUGCUAAUAAUGCAUGUCCAUUUAGUAGCCGUUUAAUUGCCUGUAAAAAUAAAACAGUUAAUGGGAGCAAGUUUCUAUUCUUUUAAAAUGUUUGGGAUACCCCGAGAGAAAGCGCAAAUACAUAUAAGAGACUAUUCAACCCGGGUUAAGAGCAGACAGCUGUUAGAUGUUUAUUUGAUAAACAUAUACUAAAACAAAACUAGAAAUACAUCAUACAAACCAAUGUAACAGUCAAUUCCUGUGUUAGAUUACCUGGGUGCAGAUAGUAUUAGUGAUGCCAUUUGGCAGGCUCAGUCAGUAAAGUAUUCCUUACAGUGUGUAGAAAUACCAAUCCACUCAUAAGAAAAAUACACAACUAUUUGCAUGAAAUUUAGGGGCAUGUUAUUAAUACAAAAUAAAAACUAAAUAAUGACCAUUAACUAAUCUAAUUCUUGACCUAAUAUAUAUAUCCCUGAAGUAACAUGGACAAUAACAGAACACUCCAACUCUAAUGUAUAUACUACAUUAUAUGAAUUAAUCUCACAAGUAUUCAGAAUUUUUAAAAAUACAAAAAAAAUUAACAGUGCUGACAAUUCAUUAAACCAUGAUGGGGUCAUCUGUCUGGCAACAAACCAUGAGGUGUUGCUGUGGAAUAGCCAUUAAGUGCUUGGUCCAUCGAUCUCAAACUAAACCUUGGUGAAAUGAUGCCAGUUAAAAAUGUGUUUCUUUAAAAAAAAAAAAAAAAUUGCUACUUCUAGAAUAUUUCGAGAUUUUUGGCCUCAGUGAAUUUAACAAUUCAGACAUGUAAAUCAGAUUAAUUGAAGGCUUGAAGUCACAUGAUUGCAAAUACAGUACUUGCUUUGAAAUACCCACACAAAAUAUCUUUACUCCACAGUAUUGCAUUCAAGCAACAGCAGAUGUGGAAUCUUAAAUUAUCCCCCCAAAAUUGCAGACAAACAAUGAAUGACUU